UCUUUUUUUUUUUCUCUCUUGCUUUUGAUGCACAGCUUUUGCGUUUUACACGUAGUUGAGGUCGAUUGGGAUUCGUAGCUCAUGCAUUGAUCCCAUGUUUUGGAAUGGUCAAUGCGAAUUUCUAGUUUCUGCAAGCCAGCUCAUUGGGAGGCUGAGAUAGUGAAUUUUGGGUUUCAUGAUGAAUGGAUGAUGAUCGCCGUGUCAGCAGCUACUGCUGAAAGAAUCUGUUUCACCGAACUAAGAUGUCGUGAUCUCGUAAGUGCGUCCGGUUUAGCUGCCCUUGCGGUCAUUUGAAUGAACGUUCUCAAGGAUUAAUGUACUCGAUGCGGGAGAUGCAUUUAGCAGAGGUAUGGACCAAUAUGACUUGCACGCUCAGAGAAGGGAAAUGAAGCACAAAGGAAGAAAUGUUGUAUGGUCCAUUGCAAUGGACAAAUGUCUAAUCGAAGCUCUUGCUAUUCAGGCAAGAAAUGGGAAUAAAAUAGACAAAUGCUUCAAUGAGAACGCCUAUACUGCUGCUUGUAUUGCCGUGAACUCUCGUUUUAAUUUAAACUUGAAUAACCAAAAAGUAAUUAAUCGCCUCAAGACAAUUAAGAAGAGGUACAAAGUGAUGAGAGACUUGCUCGGCCAAGAUGGGUUCGUAUGGAAUCCCAACACAAAGAUGAUUGAGUGCGAUGAUGAGGAUCUAUGGAAAAGAUACAUUGCGGCGCACCCGGAUGCAAGAGUAUUUCGAGGAAAGCAGAUUGAGAUGUAUGAUGAACUAAAAAUUGUUUGUGGAAACUAUCAAGCUCCUAGUCGUUGGGCUAAGAUGAAGGAAGAAAGCUAUGCAAGUGACUUGAAGAACUGUGAGGAAGAUUCUCCCUCAUUUCUUUCACCUAGUUCAGAAGAACCUAGCGAGACAGAUGGAACAGAGUCAUACACGGAAUCUCCGGCAUAUGUGCAAGAUGGUAAUCCCGACCCUCCUCCUUUUGCCCAGCCUCUCAGAAAGCAUCCAAAACGAGCUCGAAGCUCAGAGACAGUUGAAGAGGCAUUGCUGACAGUUGCAUCAAGCAUUCAGCGCUUGGCUGAUGCAAUGGACCGAAAUAAAAAUGCAAUUGAUGCCUCAGAACUGUUGCAGGCUGUGAUGGAGAUUGAUGGGUUGGAAGAAGGGAAACAGAUGUAUGCCUUUGAGCAUCUAAAUGCUGAUCCUAUCAAAGCUAGAGCCUUCAUGGCAUAUAAUGCUCGUAUGCGAAAGAUCUAUUUAUAUAGACAAUUUUGGUGUUGGAAGUGAUACCCGACCAUUACCCUUGCAUUGUGGUUCAGAGUUCAUGGGACGACGAAGCCUAUUGGAUUUUCUUUUUCUUUGUGGCCGAAAGCCUGCUGGAAUUUCAUGAAUCUGAAUUUGGCGUGCUUGGUGGAGAUUGUAUAGUAAUUAGGUGAACUAGUGGAUGAACAUGUGUAAAAAUGCACAUUUUGCUUGGCCUCUGCAGCCUAUUUUCUUUGUGAAGGUUGCAGUCGGUGUAGAUAUCCUUUUUGUGUUUCUUUUACAAGUUUGUAUGCGUUUCUCUGCUCCUUUCUUCCGAA